CGCGUGCAAACGGAGUCUGACGGUGUCCGCUUCUGCGGGAAUUGUGGUGGCUUUGUUAGCCCAAAUCACCAAUUUGUGUCCUACAUCGACACCAUAGAUAAGCUUCAUACUUCGACCUACCGUAGGGAACACGCCCCACAAUCAGAUAGAGGGAUGCCCACCCUUCAUGACGACGACGAGCUUCUUCUAGCUCGCAUCGGCUAUAAACAGGAGCUCAGACGAGAAUUUUCGAAAUGGUCGACCAUCUCCUAUGCCAUCUCUAUCCUUGGAGUGCUAGGCUCCGUGCCAGCGACAUUCGGUGCUCCAUUGGCCGCGGGGGGCCCCGCAACUGCAGUCUGGUGUUGGUUUCUAGGCUCUAUCAUGGCGUUCUGUAUUGGCAGUUCCGUAGCUGAGCUGGUCUCGGCCUAUCCAACAGCAGGGGGAAUGUAUUUUGUUACCAAGUACGUUGUUCCUGAGGACCAGGUACCGAUCUUCUCAUGGAUUCAGGGCUGGUGUAACCUCCUGGGACAAACUGCUGGGGUUUCUAGCGUGGCGUAUACAGUAAGCCAGAUGCUGCUUGCUGCUGUUAGUAUGAACUCCAAGCUAGUCGAUGGGAGUUACUCGUACACACCGACCGCGUGGGAUACAGUGCGCUUGUCGAUCGCGCUUCUGAUCUUCCUUGGUGUAAUCUGCUCGAUGACAACAAAAUUGUUGCACCGCAUCUUUAUCUGGUUUGCGCCAAUUAAUAACAAGCAACCGGCCAUGUGGGUGUUCACUCACGUCACCGACGGCUCCGGCUGGGGCUCCAAGCUCUUUUCCUUCCUCCUCGGCUUCAUAGCUGUAGCAUGGACCAUGACCGACUAUGAUGGAACCACCCACAUGUCUGAAGAGACCCACGAUGCCGCCAUCCUCGGCCCGAUAGCCAUCCAAUCUGCUGUCGUAGUUUCCGGCGCCAUGGGCUGGAUCCUGACGAUAUCCCUAUGUUUCUGUCUUACCGACUACGACGGCAUUCUAAACACACCAACCGGCCUUCCAGCUGCCCAAAUCUUCCUCAACGCAGGCGGAAAAACUGGCGGCAUGAUUAUGUGGGGACACCCGGAUGGCCUACGCAUUUGCGCGAGACGAGGCCCUUCCAUUCUCCUCGUACGCUUUACCCUCAACACCCAACAAGCAAACAAGCGCACUAACAGUCCCAGCACCCUCUCAAAAAUAAAUUCCUAUACCCACACCCCUGUCAACGCCGUCUGGUUUGUCGUCUUCUUCGCCAUAGCCCUAAAUUGCAUCGCGAUCGGAUCCACACAAACAGCUACAGCAAUCUUCUCCAUCACAGCGCCAGCCCUCGACAUUUCCUACGUCUCCGUUAUCCUCGCGCACCGGAUCUACAAGCACCAAGUAUCUUUCGUCGAGGGGCCGUUUACGUUGGACAGGUGGGGAAGCUGGAUAAAUUGGAUUUCGAUAUCUUGGGUGCUGUUCAUUAGCACGGUUCUGUUUUUCCCACCACACGUUCCUGUUACGGCAGAGAACAUGAACUAUGCGGUAUUUGUUGGGCUCUUCAUUGCAAUUUUUGCGCUGGUGUGGUGGUGGAUUGAUGCGAGGGGAAAGUAUACUGGUCCCCGGACGAACGAGUAUUUGCAGGAGAUUCCCACGGAGGAAUAUGCGGAGAAUUACGGGACUAUAGCGUGAUGGCUAUGAUAGACAGAAUUACUAUUGAUUAGGCACAGAUAGACUUUAGAUGCUGGACACUGUUGAACAUUGCGUCCAU